UAAGGACGUAAGGACGAAAGGCAGGCGCGCUGUCAGCCGGAAGCUCUGAUAGGGGAAACAUAGUUGUUAUCGUGUGUUGUUAUUUGUGAUUGUGCAUGAACAUUGUGUCGACACUGCUAAAACAAGCAAAACUGACCCCUGCUCAGUUUUCUGGAGGAAAGCGACCAGUGUGUUAAACCGAUCGCUAUAUAUAGCUAACCAAACACCAUUGGAUCGACUGUGGAGACCAGGGGUGCAGGGGUAACAGUCAGUGAAAGCAGAGACUGAGAAACCAACGGAUACUGAGAAACUGCAUGUCUUUGUACUUGCCUUUGACAGAAGGAAGUAGACGAAGAAGUUUUAGCUGGGUAACUUGACAAAUUAACAUGAGGACAUAUCUAACAGGACAGAGAGCGAAUGAAUCUUGAAAAGGCACCACCCGCCAGCCCCUCCCUCUUCUCUUUUGGCAAUACCAUCGGGGGACGAUCGAGGACUGAGAGACGGGACAAUUUGCUUUCGUAUAACGUCGUGUCCAAAAUAAAUGCUCCUGAAGAGUGGACGUACUGAACAGGUAUUCAUGGAGUGAAAGUAGGCCUUGUGAUUACGGCACGAACUGUACUUUUUGGAUUUUCAAAAUAAUUUACUGGAAAUUUUUAGCUAGCUGUGGUUUAUUGUGCAUGACUGUCCAGCAAGAACACAAGAGUGUCCUUUUUCAUCCGGCCAUAAGGAGAAAACUGCUGCUUCCGUCCACUGCUGCUGAGGUUAGCCGCAGUUUACAGUUUGGAUACUGCUCCCCAACUUUACUCAGCGUCACCCGUCUCUACCGCCCUCCGCCCCUCGUUUCUGUAUCGGUUGGCUGAGUUCAGCCGAACCGCCAUGGCACAACAACAGAUGCCAAGUUCCCAGAAAGCGCUCAUGCUUGAAUUGAAGUCACUGCAGGAGGAGCCGGUGGAGGGUUUCCGAAUUACUUUGGUGGAGGAGUCAGAUCUAUACAACUGGGAAGUGGCAAUCUUCGGCCCCCCCAACACACUCUACGAGGGGGGUUACUUCAAGGCUCGCGUCAAGUUCCCAAUAGACUACCCCUACUCUCCGCCCACUUUCAGGUUCCUCACCAAGAUGUGGCACCCCAAUAUCUACGAGAAUGGUGAUGUGUGCAUCUCGAUUCUGCACCCCCCUGUGGAUGAUCCCCAGAGUGGAGAGUUACCCUCGGAGAGAUGGAACCCCACACAGAAUGUCAGAACCAUCCUGCUCAGUGUGAUCUCCUUGCUGAAUGAGCCCAACACCUUCUCCCCGGCCAACGUGGACGCCUCCGUCAUGUUCCGCAAGUGGAGAGACAGCAAGGGCAAGGACAAGGAGUACGCUGAGAUCAUCAGGAAGCAGGUUCUCUCCACAAAGGCAGACGCGGAGCGGGAUGGGGUGAAGGUCCCCACUACGCUGGCAGAGUACUGCAUACAGACCAAAGUGCCCUCCCAGGACAGCUCGGACCUGCUGUACGACGACCUGUACGACGACGACAUGGAGGAGGACGAGGACGAGGACGGAGAGCCGGCCGGGGCCGGGGCUGACUGUUACCAUGACGAGGAUGACUCCGGGAACGAGGAGUCCUGACCUUCCUCGUCGCCCCCCCACCCCCCCCCCCCCC